CACGGUAUACAGUAAUGGCGCUCAUGCCACAAUUUCCGUGAGGAUUUUUUGAGCUCUAGUUAUUCCAGUCUACUUCUAUAUAUAGUUAUUUCAGUUCGCAGUAUACAGUUUUGCUCCAGUUUCAAUCAAAAUUAAAGUUUGCUAGUAUAAAAAUUGUGUAGAACGCACGCCGAUUCGGUUGUGGAGAAUCCCCCUUAAAUUCAAAAUAAUGCGAAUGGUUUAUAAUGACUUCGUUCAUCGUUCUGCACUAUAUUCUUAUUUUAGUCAUUGAGCCCCUUAUUCAUGAACGCGCUACAAACCUCAAUUAGCUAAUAAUCGUUUGUCUUUAUCUGUUAUAUUGACGUAUGUAUUUGUAAGAAAGGGAUGAAACAUAAUUUAACUAAAUCAGUCCCGUAAAGUUUUAUGAAUAAGGGGUAAAACUAUAGUAACCAAUACUAUUUAAUUAGUGUUCAUUGUUAGUUAAAUAAACAUAAACUUUAAUUAACAAUGGAAAGUACAAUGCAAUUAAUAUUUUUAGUAGUGUUAUUAAAAGUCAUUUCUGCUCAAAUUAAUGAACAAGAAAUAGCAGGACUAUGGGCCUCUAUACCAAAAUUGUCAACGCCACAAUGCCAACAAAUACCAACGGACGCGCCCUCUCAAUGCUGCAUAAUUCCAGACCUUUUCGAUAAGAAAACCAAUGCAGGAUGCAUAAGGCCAGAUGAUAAACCAGCGCAAGAGCCCGCCGUUCGUGGAUCACCUGAGUGUGCAGAAAAAAACUGCAUACUCCGGAACAACGAUUUGCUCCUCGACAACGAUGAGAUUGACAAGGAUUCCUUCAAGCAGCACCUGAACGAGUGGGUGGCGAAGAGAAAGGAGUUUAUGCCUGCAGUUAAUGCUGCUAAAGAUGUCUGUCUUGGUAACAAGCCUUUGUUUGGACCCAACGAGAUGUGUGACGCGGACAGACUACUUUGGUGCAUCACUUCUAAUUUAUAUAACAAAUGUCCGUACUGGCUGGACACCGACAGCUGCGCUACAACGCGAGCUUUUAUGGAAAACUGCCUGCCUUAUUAUUUCGAUAAAGACAUACCUAAGUAACUGACUGUAUGAAAUAUAUGUAUACAACAAGAA